AUGCCUGACUUAACUGCAAUGUGCAAGCAAGUGACCGAAAAAGUCAAAAAACUAUUCUCUGGUGCUCAGACAUUUAUUUCGACCAUACAGACAUCUGCUGAGUCAAAUACCUCAAAGGCAAAUGAGGUGGUCAUGGGUCUUAACAACACACUGCAAAAUGAAAAAGAAGCUCUUGUGCAGUUUCACACUGGUCUGCAAACGGAUAACACCGAUUUUCAGACCUCCAUCUCUACAAAAAUUGUUAAGCUUCAAGAAGAUCUGGCAGUUGAAAGCAAUAUUAUGGAUGAACUUGCUGCCAUAACAAUGAAAGUCAAAGUUCAGGCUACCAAAAUCGCCCAAGCAAACAAAGAUAUCGAUGAGCUCAAGAAUUUGGCUGAGAAGUAUCCCCAUGCUCUUGCCAUGCUGAAUCAAAUUGAGGGUGUUUCGGAGUUCCCCAUCCUUCCAAAACAAGGGGAAGAAUCAUUCAAAGAACAACCUCCGAAGGCCACUACUGAUGCAUUUGUUCAUGGUGAACAAAAGUCGAAUGUCUUCAAUGAACCAAUGGUUAAUGUAGCUUCGGGUUCUAAAGGAAAAGAAAAACUGGUGGAAAGCGAAGAUGAAGAAGAAACUAAAGCUGAUAAGCUAAAGAGCAAGGCUCAUGAUCAGAUACUUGAUGAAAAUGCUCACAUUGUGAGAGAAGCCGAAGAAAAGGAGUGA